CGGAAGCACGUGUUAGGGGGACGAUUUUCUAUUUACAUUUUUGGAAAAGUUGCAGAUUAUCAUCUUUGUUAACUAAAGACAGAAAUUAACGGAAUGAUUUAGUAGAUACCGGUUUUAUGUUGACACUUGAAAGAGAUUUAAAAGAUUUCGAGGUUUGAAACGGUUUUUAAUGACACUGAUGGGGUGAUCGUCAUAUCUUCAGGAAAAAAUGUCUGAUCAGCAGGAAUCACAGGAUCAAAAGCCGGAAUCGUCAGACGAGCCACCGAAAGAAUACAUUAGACUGAAAGUUGUGGGUCAGGACAGUAGUGAGAUCCAUUUUAAGGUGAAGAUGACGACACCAAUGGCUAAAGUGAAGAAAUCUUACAGUGAGAGACAGGGUAUAUCAGCAUCCACUCUGAGAUUCUUCUUUGAUGGGAAACGGAUAGGUGACCAUGAAACAGCUAAAGACCUUGAGCUUCAGGAUGAUGAUGUGAUUGAUGUGUACCAGGAACAGACAGGUGGAAACCAUUCUCGAACCAGUAAAUGUUAAUGACCUCCCUUCUCAUAAGAUGUCAACAGCCUCUAAUCUAGCAAUCCUGUAUGGCACUAAUUAUUUCUAAGGUUGUCUUCCUAUGCUGUUAACUGAAUCUUUUCUAUGCCAGGAUGUUGUUUCAAGAAACACCUUGAUGCUACAUGGAAGAUAGACCUCUAGUACACUUGAAUGUCCCCCUGUUGUUUGGAGAUUCAAAAUUAUUUAAACUAUUACCUGGAAAUACAUGUAAUGCAGAUAUCCCUAUAAGAUUUUUUAAAUGCAAAAUUACUUGCAUAUCAUCAAUGCAUGUAUUUGUCACAGUAGUUAUUCUGAUAUGCAAGGUAAUAUCCUUACAAUUUUCAGAAUGUAUUUAUAUAUGUAAAGGGAAGUAACCCCAGGACUUGUUUUUAUGAGGAUAUAUAGGUACAAGGAUUCACUUUACUCAUCGUUUCUUUGAUCUGGAAACAGAAUUCCAGUGUCGUGUGGUUUUUUUUGUUUUUUGUUUUCACUUUCAAAUGAUAUUUUACAAAAUGUGAACUUGGAUUACAUCCUUUUAGCGAUUGGUACUUUGGCACAGUAUAUUGAACA